GUUAUACAUAAAAAUAUGUAUUUGUGUGAUAUUAAGCUUAACAAAAAUCGUUAUGGAGUCUAAUACUGAGUCAAAGGAGAAAAAUGUGGAGUCAAACAACGUAGUUGAAGAUGUGAGCACGGAGGUUGAAAUAGAAGAUUGCUCGGAUAACAGCCAAAAAGUAGUUGUCGAAUUGCCAACUCAGAACGAAAUUCAAACCACAAAAGCUGAGACUAAAUUGGUUGGCAAAAAAAAGCAAGAUGAGACAGAAAGAAUUGAGGUAGUUGACGAAAAUAACACGGAAGGAUAUGAUCAUAGUCUUAGUAGUAAUGAUCUUUUGGAAACGGUGAUUGUACCUGAAAAAGUCGUAGAAGAUGACAGAGAAACAACCAAUACUUCGCCCAAAACGACAUUUACAGCACCUGUUGUAACUGAGCAACAGAAUGUUACAGAAUGCAAGUCAAAAGAUAAAAAUGAGAUCGAAACUUUAAACAAGAAAAUAGAGGGACAAGGUGAUAUCGGAUGCGCAGUGGAAGGAGAUAAGCCCGUGUUGGACGAAGAUAAUAUAGUAGAAAACAAAGAAGUUAAAUUAAGUGAAAAUGCUGAAACAGCCAUAGCUCUGUUAUCUGUAAAGCCGCAAAAUUCGCAGGAUCAAGUUGAUACAUUGCAACCAGGAAAUCAGCUAAAAGCGGAAAAUUGGAAUAAUACUAUUAAGGAUAUCAUUUCGGACAUCGAUUUAAAUAUAGAGCAGGAAAACUGUGAUUUACUUAAGCAACAGCAAAAGGAAUUACUCCAAAGACAACAAGAGCUUGUCGAACAAAUACAACAACAACAAUUAAUUGCUCAACAGUUAGCCGCUGAAAAUCAGCUUCACCAACAGCAAUUGGAACAGCGGGAAAAACUGAAGUCUGCCACACAACAGGAGACACAAAAAAUUACAAGUACGCCCAAUCAAAAGCCUACACCAACACCAUCUCUGCUUCAGGAAAACAUUUCUAAAUAUUCGACAGUCGAGGAAAAGAAAGACGAAUUUGGCUACACACAAAAUACAGAAACAUACGAAUAUAAGGAGUCAACGAAUGCUCCAAAACAUAUCGAUUUGCUCAAAAUCUUCACGCCAGCAGCAGAUGCCGAUGAAAUUGUUCCAAGAAAUCAUUCAUCCUUGAAGGAGCAAACUUAUCAGGAGGAAUUCAAAGAAAAUAAUUCGUCUCCUAACAAUGCAACACAACCACCAACUCAAAAAUCAUCACUUAAUCAAGUGCCUCUUCGAUUUUUAAUGAAUCCUUUUGGAAAGGUUCGUGACAUAACGUCAGUGAGCGACUCAUUUAAUAUUGAAACUGGUCUUUUGUCUCCUAAUAAAUGUGCGGAACUCGUGACGGCGUUACAGACUCAAAAAGGCAAAGGUGCUGAACUUUUUGCCAAGCGCCGCAGGAAAUCUGAGAAAUGGGUAGUUGAUGAUACAAAUACAGGCAUUGAAAGUCCAUCCGGUCUUCCAGAUUACCAUCAGCAGCAGUCACAGUUGAGGCCAGCAACAUCUCCGAGUAUUUUACCAGCUUAUUCUGAUGCCGGCAAGCACCGUGUACAAUUGAACUUGCAUCAGGAGCAAGUGCUAGAAAAAUAUGUUAAGCCUGGUUUGAAAGUAGUUAAAACGCCAUGGGAAGCAGCACUUGAGACUGGUUCAGCUAGCACAGCUUUUAUAGACGAUGUCCAACGAACUCAGCAUGUAAAAACACCAACAUUAACUCCAGUCCCAGUAACGGAUUAUAAAUAUAGGGACCCCAACAUUGCCGACGCAGUGGCAUACAAAAACGGCUUCAUAGCUGAUUACAGCAUAACACCCUUUCAUGAGCAAGCACAGAUAUAUUUUCCAACAGUUACACAAAACUUUGGCCAUAAUCCUCAACGAGCGUUGGCUUAUAAGCCUAGUUUAGCGAAAGGUUGGAAAGCGCCCAGUCCUUCACUACCAAAAGAACGUGGUCAGAAGGUUAUUGAUCCCAAUGAAUGCACUUAUAAAAUAACAUACCCACAACUAGUAAGCUAUGAGGUAGAAGUUGUAACUGAAAGUAAGAAAACCAAGUCGCUAGAAUUUCUUGAUAAAUUUAUGCGUUCUCCAAGCCCAAUAAGAGAUAUAAACUUAGAUUUAGAAGAUGUGGGUAUUAAACGACAACUGCAGCAAUUACAUAAUGAACAGAAAGUGAUUGAGAGUGACAAAAUCAAUAGCAAAUCAGAGUAUGUAAAUGUGAAUGAGCGAUUGGAAAGAUUAAAUAACUACAACAGUAAAUUAAUGGAAAAAAAGAAAAAGGAUACAAAACGACUAGAAAAAGAAGUUCAGAAUGGCCAAAAGAAAGACCGGCUAGAAAAACAACGACAAUUGAACCGAUCACCGUCAUUGGAACAUCAACACUUCAAAAAGAAACAAAACCAAGAAAACGAAUACGUCAAAAUUGCUGUUCGUGAACUAAUAUCUAACUAUAAGCAACAGCUAGUUAGGGAAGAGGACCGUGUAUACAACGAAGCUAAACAAAUAAAAUCAAAUCAAGUGAAUAUCCAUAAAAUUCAUGAAAAUGAUGCAUUAGAAAUAGCAUUAUCGUCAUCAUUGUUUAGAGAAAAUCGAAAGGUAGACGAUAUUUUGAGCGUAUUCGAAACUCAUCAAUUACAAAAUCAAACUGAAGAGCUAUAUCUACCUAAGGAGAUAUCAUUGGAAAGUUAUGCUCCAUCACCCGUGGUAACCAUUAAAGGACCCGAGAACUUUAAGUCAUCUCGGAGUUUUGCAUCAACAACGCUUCCCAGAAUCAGUAGCUUUCCUUUGGCAAAACCAAAUACUGAUGGAUUCAGAAGUUACGGUGAACCAAACGGCAGUAGGCCAGUGCAGCAAGAAACUUCUCAGAUUGUGUCACAAAUAAAUUAUAAUCCAUCACCAUUACCUUAUGACAAAAUCGCAAAGUUCCAGAAUGUUGGUGAUCAAGCACAAAACAAUGACUACAACCCACAAAUUCGUCGACUAUCUAUGAAAUCUUAUGUAGACGAAAUUCAAAAUAUUCCGCCGACAUCAUUCGGAGAAAAAUCAGCCAGUGUCGAGCAGUUGACAAUUUCGCCAUAUCAUUCUAAGUUUCCAAAAACCGAUAUAAAUUAUAUUCGGACUCCUUCUCCUGUUUACACAAAACGAAUUAAUCCCACUGCUUUGUUGCAUGGUCAAAAUUAUAAUAAUACAGCGCGUGGUUGGAAGUCAAGUGGCAUAUGUUCCUAUAAAUCACCAUGUGAUAACAGUUUUAAGGCCUCCAAUAUUAGAAGCUGCGGCAUUUACCAACAGAUGCCUUUAACAGCGCAAAGUAGCUUACCUUAUACAGAUUUUUAAAAAAAUAUAUGCACUAAAUCGUGGAAUGUCUAACACGUUUAAAGAAAUCAACAUACGAAAUGUAUAUACUUAUUUUCAAUUAUAUAGGUGAUUCGACAUUUUAUACCCUAUUUUACAUCACAAGUACAUGAUAUUAUUUGCUUAUGUGCGCAAAUAUGUAUGCUUUUUUCUUAUUUUUACCCUACUGAAGCAAAGUAAUAAUAAUCCGAUCUUGUUUGUCUAUUUAUAUAAGCUUAUACUACUAUAAACGUGCUAUAAUUGAAUAUCAUUAACUCAGUGAAAACAUAUUAACACUGAUUCUUUAAACUUCGAUUAAAUUAUCCUAUACUUGAAUAAACAUUGAUUAAAACAUAAAAUA